UCCCGAAUCCCUCCGUUGUUGGGAAGUGACACAAUACAGACGCGAACGAGACUGACAGACUGUCAGACUUACUGAAGGGGAUGUUCAGACAGCAGAUUGAGGGUCUAAUUUCGGAGGAUGCCCUUGAGAACAUCUUUGCGUUUGCCUCGACUCACAGCUUGGCCCAGCUGCAGACCCGCUGACUUGCUAGCCCAAAAGGCAGCAAACAUAGCCCGUAUCUCAUCCGCAUUGCCGAGGACCGUUUGUGCGAUUCUCCAGGGGUCUAGCGGGGCGUCAGCCAUAUCACAAAACUCGCCUAGCAGAUCGGGGUUGAACGCAUCCAAAGAGGCUUGGUUUCAAGACAUACUUCCAAGGCCGCCAAUUGGGCUACAGACACAUUUUACCCGUCCCAUGAUAGGAAGGUUCAAUCACAAAGUUGCUCCCGGACAGUGCAUCCCUAGACGCUUUGCACAAAUUCUUGACAAGGAACAGCGAAGGCAAGCUAUUAAAACCAUUAGCACAACUGUCGAUACCAUCUCCUCGCCACGAUCGCGUAUGGAGUGGUAUUUCUUUUCACCGAACACGUCGUUCGCGGCAGUCAGAGAGAUCAUGACUCUGGGCGGGCAAGUACAACACGAUAAACUCGAAGAGCGAAUGCAGGGCUUCUAUACUCUGAUCAAGCUGAUCAUGGGACUACCAGGAGAUUUCCCCGAGAUCGCAAACAUCUCAUCCGCCUUGGGAACAUCUCACCGUUCUGACGACCAAGAGGCAGCUCCGGCACAUCUGCCGGGCUUCGUUUACUACUUUGAUGUGGCAGCUGAAGGGACGCUUCCCGAUGUGAAAAUCAACAUCCCGCUAAAAGGUUUUGGCAGGGACGAUCUUAGUUUCGCGCAGGCAAUAUGCACCUGCAUACAAGACCAUGGAUGGGGCAGGUACUGUGAUCGAUACUUGGGGAUGCUGGCGAGGCUGUCGCCAUGUGGAAAUCUGGAAACGUCGCACUGUCUACUAUCUAUCGCAGCUUGCUUGCUGAUACCGAACAGUCAGCUAGAUCUUACCUCCUUCUUGGUAGCUCAGCAAUAGUAGCAUUUAUGAAAGGCACAAAAAGCUCAUACGAAUUAGAA